UUGACUCGAUAUAGUGAAGGGGAAGAAGAAGAAGCCACCAUGGCUCUGUGUUAACGUUAGCUUGGAUCUAGGAUUAGCUCUUUAUAGUUUUAUCAACGGUACAUUUCCAGACGUGUCUCCUUCAGACUGACAAGGAUCGGUUUCAUGAAGCCGUUCAACAAGUUGUUGUAAACUAGGUUGUGACACCUUCAGUUGAGAUGAACCGCCCCAAACCUGCAGCUCUCCGGCGCCCCAGUGCUGCCAAACCAUCAGCUCACCCACCCCCGGGGGAUUUCAUUGCCCUCGGAUCCAAGAGCCAGGGUGCAGAGCCCAAAGCCCCCGCCGUCCUCCUGAAGCCAGCAUCCACAGGUCUACCAGCGGACCGUAAGAGAGAGACUUCCUCCACUCUGCCCUCCUCAUCGGGGCUGUCCAGCCUCACCAAGCGUCCCAAACUCUCCACCACCCCUCCAGUCAGUGCCCUGGGAAGACUCGCUGAUGUAGCUGCAGGGGACAAAAGGGCGAUUUCGCCCUCAAUAAAGGAGCCAUCAGUGGUUCCCAUUGAAGUGUCACCGGCGGUGCUGCUGGACGAGAUUGAAGCCGCAGAGUCUGAAGGUAACGAUGAUCGCAUUGAGGGACUGCUGUGUGGAGCGGUGAAACAGCUCAAGAUGAACCGAGCAAAACCUGACAUCACGCUGUACCUAAGUCUCAUGUUCCUGGCCAAAAUCAAGCCCAAUGUGUUUGCAACUGAAGGAAUUAUUGAGGCCCUUUGUAGCCUCCUGCGUCGUGAUGCUUCUAUCAACUUCAAAGCAAAGGGGAACAGCCUGGUGUCUGUUCUUGCUUGCAAUCUUUUGAUGGCAGCCUACGAGGAGGAUGAGAACUGGCCUGAGAUUUUUGUUAAAGUGUACAUCGAAGACUCUCUGGGAGAAAGAAUCUGGGUGGACAGUUCUCACUGUAAGAAUUUCGUCGACAACAUCCAGACUGCUUUUGGCACAAAGAUGCCUCCAAAGAGUAUGCUGCUUCAGGCCGACACCGGUCGCUCUGGUGGAGAUCUCAGUGCAGGUAGCAGCCCCCACCCUUCAACACCUGAUGAGGAUGACAGCCAGACAGAACUGCUGAUAGCAGAAGAGAAACUCAGUCCUGAGGAUGAGGGGCAGGUGAUGCCGAGGUAUGAAGAACUGGCAGAGAGUGUGGAGGACUAUGUGCUGGACGUGCUCAGGGAUCAGUUGAACCGCAGGCAGCCGAUGGACAACGUGUCACGAAACCUGCUGCGUCUGCUUACAGCCACAUGUGGCUACAAAGAGGCACGACUCAUGGCUGUGCAGAGGCUGGAGAUGUGGCUCCAGAACCCGAAGCUUACUCGACCAGCCCAAGACCUCCUCAUGUCUUUGUGUAUGAACUGCAACACACACGGAGCAGACGACAUGGAGGUGAUCUCCAACCUGAUCAAGAUCCGGCUCAAACCUAAAGUGCUCCUCAACCACUACAUGUUGUGUGUCAGGGAGCUGCUGAACGCACACAAAGACAACCUUGCCACGAUGGUAAAGCUGGUGAUCUUCAAUGAGCUGUCCAAUGCCAGAAAUCCCAACAACAUGCAAGUUCUCCAUACAGUGCUCCAGCACAGCCCAGAACAGGCUCCGAAGUUCUUGGCGAUGGUGUUCCAGGACCUGCUAACCAAUAAGGAUGAUUACCUCCGUGCCUCCCGAGCUUUGCUGAGAGAGAUCAUCAAACAGACAAAGCAUGAGAUUAACUUCCAGUCCUUCUGCUUCGGUUUGAUGCAGGAGAGGAAGGAGACCAGCUACGUGGACAUGGAGUUCAAAGAGCGUUUUGUUAUCCAAGUGACAGAUUUACUGACUGUCUCCAUGAUGCUGGGCAUCACUGCUCAGGUCAAAGAAGCCGGCCUUGCAUGGGACAAAGGCGAGAAGAAGAGUCAGUGCCAUCUUGACGUCCUCAGGUCCUUCCAGAAUCAGAUUGCUUCCAUACAGAGAGACGCUGUGUGGUGGCUUCACACUGUGGUUCCCACCAUCAGCAAAGUUGGUGCAAAAGACUACGUUCAUUGCCUUCACAAAGUACUUUUCACAGAGCAACCCGAGACAUAUUACAAGUGGGACAACUGGCCUCCUGAGAGUGACAGAAAUUUCUUCCUUCGUCUCUGCUCCGAGGUUCCUCUGUUGGAGGACACACUGAUGCGCAUUCUGGUGAUCGGCCUGUCGCGUGAUUUGCCUCUGGGCCCGGCUGACGCCAUGGAGCUGGCAGAUCACCUGGUUAAAAGGGCGGCUGGAGUUCAGUCUGAUGCUGCAGAGGUGACUGACUGUUCGAAAACAGAUCUGGAGGUCCUGAGAGUGGAGAGGAUCCAACUCAUCGAUGCGGUGCUGAAUCUGUGCACAUAUCACCACCCAGAGAACAUUCAGCUGCCAGCGGGGUACCAACCACCAAAUCUGGCGAUAUCCGCGCUCUAUUGGAAGGCUUGGCUGCUGCUGCUUGUGGUGGCUGCAUUUAAUCCGCAGAGAAUAGGUUUGGCUGCUUGGGACGGCUAUCCAACGCUGAAAAUGCUCAUGGAGAUGGUUAUGACAAAUAACUACACCUACCCUCCUUGCACCAUUGCUGAUGAGGACACAAAGACAGAGAUGAUCAACAGGGAGCUGCAGAUGUCCCAGCGAGAGAAACAAGACAUUCUGGCCUUUGAGAGUCACCUAGCAGCAGCGUCCACCAAACAGACCAUCACAGAGAGCAACAGUCUGCUGUUAUCUCAACUUACCAGCCUGGAUCCACAGGGUCCUCCUCGUCGACCUCCACCACAGUUCCAGGAGCAAGUCAAAAGCCUCAACCAGUCCCUGCGUCUGGGACACCUCCUCUGCCGCAGUCGCAACCCAGACUUCCUCCUCAACAUCAUCCAGAGACAGGCUUCCUCUCAGUCCAUGCCCUGGUUGGCUGAUCUGGUUCAGUCCAGUGAGGGGUCCUUGGAUGUGCUUCCAGUGCAGUGCCUGUGUGAAUUCCUUCUGCACGAUGCUGCAGAUGAGAGUCUGCCGAUAGAGGACGACGAAGAAGGAGAGAGCAAAGAGCAGAGGGCCAAGAAGAGACAAAGACAACAGAAGCAAAGGCAGCUGCUUGGACGACUGCAGGAUCUUUUGCUAGGUCCUAAGGCUGAUGAACAGACAACAUGUGAAGUGUUGGAUUAUUUCCUGCGUCGUCUUAGCUCUUCUCAGGUGGCAUCGAGAGUCCUGGCUAUGAAGGGUUUGUCUUUGGUGCUGAGCGAAGGAGGCUUGAAGGAUGGAGAUGAGCGGGAUCAACCCAUGGAGGAAGAUUCUGCAGAUGCUGAGCUGUUGCCGGGUUACCAAUGGUUGCUGCAGGACCUCCCAAAACUCCCCUUGUUUGACAGUGUGAGGGGCAUGACGUCCACUGCUCUGCAGCAGGCCAUUCACAUGGAGACUGAUCCACAGACAAUCAGUGCCUAUCUCAUCUACCUUUCCCAGCAUGCACCAGUGGAGGAGCAGGCCUCUCAUAAUGACCUUGCACUGGAUGUUGCGCGGCUGAUCGUCGAGCGUUCAACCAUCAUGAACAGCAUGUUCUCCAAACACUCCUCCAGGCCUGAGUCCAAUGCUGUGCUCUCUGCUUUCCUCACCAUCUUCUCUGCUUACAUUAAGAGGAUGAGGAAGACGAAAGAGGGCGAGGAUCUUUACAGCUGGUCAGAAUCUCAGGACCAGGUGUUUUUGCGUUGGACCACAGGCGAAACUGCAACCAUGCACAUCCUGGUAGUCCAUGCCAUGGUCAUCCUGCUGACUCUGGGGCCCCCUAAAGGAGAGAGUGAUUUCUAUGCUCUUUUGGACAUUUGGUUCCCUGACAAGAAACCUCUACCCACUGCCUUCCUGGUUGACACUUCAGAAGAGGCCCUUCUGCUGCCUGAUUGGUUGAAACUGAGGAUGAUCCGAUCAGAAGUCUCUCGAUUGGUUGACGCAGCUCUGCAUGACCUGGAGCCUCAACAGUUGCUGCUGUUUGUUCAGUCCUUUGGCAUUCCUGUGUCCAGCAUGAGUAAACUGCUGCAGUACCUGGAUCAGGCUGUUUCCCAUGACACCGACGCACUUGAGCAGAACAUCAUGGACAAACACUACAUGGCCCACCUGGUUGAGGUGCAGCAUGAGCGAGGUGCCACCGGGGGGCACACUUUCCAUUCAUUACUGAGCUCCUCUCUUCCUCCUGACAAAGAUUCUUCUGAAACAAGUAAGGCUACAGUUACCGUGGAGACGCCCCACAGCUCUGUGAAGAUGAAAGCGGCCAGUCAGCUUCCUGCAGUCGGGCCUGACGAUGAUCUCACUGGCAUGUUGCUUCAGAUAUUCCCCAUAAAGGUGGACCCUCGCUGGCAUGGCCCGCCUCCCAGCCACCUCUCUCUAGCCCUGCAGCAAGCCUUGGCUAAAGAACUGAUGCGAGCCAAACAAGGCCAGGUUCAGCAGGGUGGGUUGGCAUUUCGCCUCCUACAGGCCAUCGCUGCCCUGCUCACCUCUACCCAUGCAGGCCCCAUUGUCAUGUCCAUGCACUGUAGCCACGCCCUCUCCUGUCCUCUCAUGCGCCAACUGCACCUCUAUCAGCGUCUCGUGUCCCAGGACGUUGCUUUUUCCUCACUGUUCCUCAAGGUCAUCGUUGAGGUGUUGAUCUGGUUGGACAACCCAACGGUGGAGGCAGGACCUCUGAAGACUCUGCUCAGAUCCCUCGCUAGUCAGAACUCUCACAAACACAGGCAUAAUGAUGUGCGGACAGGUUUCCUCCACCUGGCUGAGGCUUUGGCAUAUCGCAGAGACACUGAGGUCCCACUGAGGACCAUCAUCGCAAUGCUGAAAUCUGGAGACAGGUGUAAUGCAGAAGCAGAGCUCAUUGGCAAAGUGUUACAGGGGCUGAUGGAGGUGAAGUCGCCAUAUUUAGAGGAGCUACUGUCUCUGCUGAUGACUGUGGGCACACAGAACGGGACCUCUGGCCCGGUUGCAAUGGUGAUUUCCCUGCUGCUCCAAGAAAGUGAGGAGCGAGCCGUGAAGAAGGAAGUGGAUUCUAACAACAGCUCUGAGGUGACCAAGUCAGGACUGAGCUCCGGGCUGCUCGUUGAUUGGUUGGAGUAUCUCGACCCAGAGGUCACGUCGGUGUGUCCGGACCUUCAACAGAAACUGCUGUUCACCCUCAACAAAGUACGAGGCACCCCCGCAUACAGACCCUAUCUUCUGGCCUUGCUCACACAUCAGUCAAACUGGUCCACCCUCCUGCAGUGUAUCAGUGCUCUUCUCAUCAAGCGACGAGACUACAAAUUGGACCCAUCAUCAGCCCUUGAUUUCCUGUGGGCGUGCAGCCACAUCCCCCGUAUCUGGCAAGGACGUGACCAGAAGAUCCCUCAAAAGAAAACGGAGAAGUUUGUGCUGCGACUCAGUUCAGAGGAGCUCAUCAGCCUGGUGGACCUGAUCUUGUCUGAGUCGGAGCUCAACAGUCGCGACUCACAACAUGACGACAGCGUCAGCGUGGACCAGGCCUCCCGCUCCCUCAUCCAGUCCCGGCUGCCCCUCCUUCACUCCUACUGCAACGGAGAUCUGGAAAACAUCAAGAAGGUGUCGGAGUACCUCAUCAACUGCACAAAGAAAUGGGAGGACAGUUCGAUGAAUAAGAGGUGCCAGAACUUUCUGCUGCAGAUCUACCUGCAUUUUCCAGAGGUCAUCCAGCACGUCACCCUGCCCGACGGCACCCUGAGCAGCGGAGGAGCUGCGGAUGGCAGCAGCUGCAAGCUCGACGUCCUGGUCCAUCGUCUGGUCACUCUGCUCGCUGACGUUGGAGACUCAAAGUCUGUUGAAAACCGCGUGUCUGACGCCAACCUGGCCUGUCGUAAGAUGGCUGUGUCGCACCCUGUCCUUUUGCUGAGACACCUGCCCAUGAUCGCAGGGCUUCUCCACGGCCGCAUUCACCUGAACAUGCAGGAGUUUCGGCAGCAGAACCACAUGACCUUCUUCAGCAACGUGCUCGCCAUCCUGGAGCUGCUGCAGCCACUCGUGUUCCACAGCGACCACCAGAGGGCGCUUCAAAACUGCCUUCUCUCCUUCAUGAAGGUCCUUCAGAACUUUCAGAGGACUCGUUCUCCGUUGGUCUUCAUCAACAAAUUUCUGCAGUUCACGCAGAAGUACAUCACGCACGAUGCAGCGGCCGCCAUUCCUUAUCUGCAGAAGCACUCGAACAUAUUACAGAAUCUGUGUGCAGAGAACCCGGACCUGGUCCAGCUGAAGUCUCUGCUGGCUGGACUCACGUUGCCAGUGAAAAACUCCUCUGCAGAGGUCGCGACAGAGGACAGAGAUGAUGACGUGUCCACUGGUUCCCUUCCUCUCGUCAACAUAUCUGCCUCCGUCUCACUGAGCGCGGCUGACAUGACGAUGUACCUGAAAAAGAUGUCUAGAGGAGAAGCAGUCGAGGAUGUGUUGGAGGUGUUGACAGAGGUGGAUGAUAAGUCGAGGAGGAGCCCAGAGAUCAUCCAAUACUUCAUUAACGAUCUGCAGAGACUCAUGGUUUCCUCUGAGGAGCUGUGUCGGAACAUGGCCUUCAGUCUGGCCCUGCGCUGCAUUCAGAACAAUCCCUGCCUGGCAACAGACUUCCUGCCAACGUUCAUGUACUGUAUGGGCAGUGGGAACUUCGACGUGGUACAGACCGCGCUCAGGAACCUUCCAGAAUACGUGCUUCUCUGUCAAGAACACGCAGACAUCUUGCUCCACAAGGCGUUUGUUGUGGGUAUCUACGGACAAAUUGACACCAGUUCAAUGAUCGCAGAGUCGAUGAAAGUCCUUCACAUGGAGGCGACAACAUAACAGUAAAGCUCACAACUUCCAGUGUCGCUCUCUGCCAUCGCUGCGUUCCAGAUUUUUUUUAGUUUGAUGUCAUAUUAAUUUGAUCACAGCAGAUAAUCAGACUCUCUUCAGUUCUUCACAUUAGAUGCUUCUCCAGCGAGCUACAAACUCCCAGUAGGGGAAUAAUUUAGUGACUUCAAAGAAUGUAUUAAAACUCCCUCUAAAUUAGUUGAACAUGUAAUAAUUACAACUAUGAAAUUACUGCAAUGAAGUCACAAUUAGUGCAUUCAUUACUUCGUGAAGGAAGUAAAUUAUUUUUUUAAUUGAAAAUGUGACAAUACAUUAACCAGUAAUGAAAUUUGAACAAAAACCGGAACAUUAUUAAGUGAUGUUAUCAUAACAUCCAACGUAUAAUACACAAAACUGGGUAAAUAAUAGAAAUGGUUGAUUUAAUUAUUAAAAAUUGUAAUGUAUUUAUAUUACAACUAUAUUCAUAAUUGUAUUAUAGUUCAAGUUGAAGUUAAAUUUAAAUUAUUAUAAACAUGUAUUUUUAGAGGGAGAUUUUUACAUUUCUAGAUGGUCAGCAAUUACAUCAUUCAACAAUACAAGUGUCAUUGUGUAUUAACACUCAUAUUUUUACCUUUGGCUUAAUUUUUUUAAUAGUUUCAACAUGAAAAAUCAACCGCUACAAUCACAUCUUACUUUGUGUAAAUUUUUUUAAUAAACAUCUAAAACAUUUCCAUCAAGAUCCAUCUUGUGAGUUUUAUGAGCAGUUUGCUAAAUAUUGAGACAGCGAACAUGUCAAACAGUUGACUGCAGCUGCCAAACAACUUGAAAAGUAUUAAAAAUGAGAAGCAAAAAUACAAAGACAAUGUCAUUGCGCAAACUAAUAACAAAUGAAAUGAAUUAUUUAAAAUCAUGAUGCUUUCCUGUUACUAGAACACUGUCUGUGAGCUGCAUUGAUAUGAACUGAAUAAAAUAUUUUUUGGGGAAA